AUUAGAUAGUUUAAACUAUACUUCGAUAGUUUUCACUCGGUUGUGCCCAUCACUAUUAGUUAAUGUUUAAACAUUGAUACGCGAAUGCGACAAAUAUAACAGUUAUUAGUUACAAGUUUUACAACUGUUACAAGUUUUAACUAUUACUACUUUGCUACAUUUGUUUAGAAAACAUUUUUAUUUGCACUGCUUUUAGUUAUUUUAUUGUUUUUUUCUCUUUCAACAAUAAAUAUGUUUGCUUCAAUGUUUAAAACACUUCUAAAUAAAUCUGGCAUCAAGAAGAAAUCUAUUGCUGCGGAAUCUGAAAUAGUUAAGAUUAUUUCAAAAGAUGUUGAACACAUGCUAACUGAAUUAGAUGAGAUCAAAGAUAAUGAUGAUAAUGAUGAUAAUUGUUCUGUGACAAAAGAUGAUGUUACUGAUGCUAUUGAGUCAUUGUCUAUUGUUGAUAAUCAUCCAGAAAAUUUUAAUGACGAUGCUUCAGUUGACAAUUUUGAUGAUACUAAAAGUGAAGUAAGCUCUAUUGGAGAGAACCAAAUAGAUAUUGUUACAGUUGAGGAUCCCACUAAAAAAAAAACUAUGAAUCAAAUAAAUAGUCUCCAAUGUUUAUUUACGUGGAAUGUAAAGUCAAAAAACAAGAAAAAUUUAAUUUUACACAUACGGAAUAAAUAUGGAGAAUAUAACUUGAAUAUAUCUUCAACUGAAUUUACAUUAGAAAGGUUUAUAGGUAAUUUAAUUAUUUCUUAUGAAUUAUUUCAUAAUGGUGAACCUGAAUUAGCUCAAAUGAAAAUAUUGGAAAUUGGGAAAUGGCUCGAAGAAUUAGAUAAAGGUACUGAUGAAUUUUAUUUAUCUAUUAAAAUUGGUCUUCAACGUGUUAUGAAGGCUACCUUCAUUCAUAUGUUAUUUGCUACAAAUCUCACUGGAGAAUGUAAAUGGUUAUUGGAUGAUAUUGUAUUAUUUUCCAUAAUGGAUUCCAAAUCAAGGGCAUCUGUACAUGCAAUACGUGCAGCUGUAUUAAUUGAAUAUGGUGGAAAUCUAAACUAUUUAAAAAAAGCUUGUGAGAUGGCAAAGAAAGCAUGUGAUUUAGAUCCCAAAACUUCUUAUUGGUUUUAUAUUCAUUCACUUGCAUUGGCAGCUCAAAGACAAUUCUUACAACCAUAUAGAUCAAUUCCAACUGAAAAAGAAAUUAAUGCAAUUAAUCAAGCAAAUACUUUAUUUAAUGGAAUAAAUACACUUUUCAAAUACCAUGAAAUGGUACUAUUUAGAGAAACUACAGUUGGAAAUUAUCAUAACAAUAAAAAUAAAAAUGAUAAGUUUUUGAACAAAAACAAUUUUCAAGACAACAAAAAAAUUAUUAAUAUGAUUGAAACCUUAAUACAUAUGGAUCCAAAAGACCCUCUCUUGGUAGUUAAAUGUGCUAAAGUAAUAAUGACUCUUCCAACUAUGGUUCGUGAUUUUAAUUUAGCAAAACAAUACUUAACAAAAGCCUUUGAAAUGGCACCAAGUGAUGCAGCUGUUUUACGAGCAAUUGAAAACACAGUUCAAGCUUAUAAAGAUAUUUCUAAAACACAGAAACUUAGAAAUAACGAAACAAAACAAAAUCAACUACCACCGUUGAAGAAAAAAAAAUCAAAAUUAGAAAUUGAUUUUGAAUUUAUAGUAAAAAAACAAAAAAAUGGAGAAGAUCCUAUUCCUUACCUCACUAAUUUAAUUCCUAAAUAUGAUGGACUAGAUAAGUCAAAAAUUAUAGCUCAGCUAUGUUCUUAUACAAUAUUAUUCACAAACAACUUAAGAUCUGGUGUCGAAGAGUUUAAUAAGUUGAUUGAAUUACCAGGAACUACUAAUAAUGAUAUAAUUACAAAACAUACUUCAUUAUUUGGUUCAAAGCGAUUUAAUUUAUCAGAGCUUAUUUCUAAUGAAAUUAGAUUAGCUACAAAUUUAAAUGGAACUUCUCCUGACGAUAUGCUGUAUUAUUAUAAAAUGUUAGCUAAAAUCAUGGAAACAUGUAAUCUAAAAAUAAAAGAUGUUGACUCGUCCAUGAAGAGCAAACUCAUUGUUAAUUUAAAUGUUAAAUCUAAAUUUUCAAGUACAUCAGUGCCAAGUGAAACUGAAUUUUCAGAUGGUGAAAAUAUUGAUAAAAAUAUUACAAAACAAAAACAUAAAGCAAAACACUUGCAAAAGAAAGGUCCUAAAGUAUUUACAAACAGUGUUAAAUCGAAUAAAUUGGCAAAAAUUACAGAUGACGACCCUAAAAAAAAUAAAAAUACAUCAAAAAAAGCAGAAAAUAAUAAACCACGUCCAAAAGCAUAUGAUGUGAAUCAAAUGAAAGUUAAAAUGGAGAAAGUUUUAAAUUCUUCCAAAGGUGGAAAUGGUAAUGGAUUUGACAGUAAAUCUAAAGUUUUGACUAUGGAGAAUUUGGGAAAAAGUUUAGAAAAGAAUUCAGAAAUACAUCGUUAUACCCAACAGUUUUAUCAAAACAUUUUAGCUACCACACAGUCACGUUUUAAUUCACCUAAUGUAUCAUCUGGUGAGCUUAAUAGCUAUUUUAAUCAAAAUCAUGCAAAUUUUAGCUUGCCAUCAUCAUCAAAUUUACUUCAAAAUUCUCCAAAUAUACCACAAUUACUCAGUUUAAGACCUCAAAAAGGUCCACAAGAUUCAAAUUCUAAGCCAAAAACAAGUUCUAUUAAAUCAAAUUUUAAAAAAUAAUAGUUUCAGCUUAUUUCUGUUUUUUGUUAUUAUUUU